AUGAUGAUGGACCUUUUCGAAACCGGCUCCUAUUUCUUCUACUUGGACGGGGAGAAUGGGGCCCUGCAGCAGCUGGAGAUGGCAGAGGGCUCCCCGCUGUACCCGGGCAGCGACGGCACCCUGUCCCCGUGUCAGGACCAACUGCCGCCGGAGGCCGGCAGCGACAGCAGCGGCGAGGAGCACGUGCUGGCCCCGCCGGGCCUGCAGCCCCCGCACUGCCCGGGCCAGUGCCUCAUCUGGGCCUGCAAAACCUGCAAGAGAAAGUCGGCCCCCACCGACCGGCGGAAAGCGGCCACGCUGCGGGAGCGGAGGAGGCUGAAGAAGAUCAACGAAGCCUUCGAGGCUCUGAAAAGGAGGACUGUGGCCAACCCCAACCAGCGGCUGCCCAAGGUGGAGAUCCUCAGGAGCGCCAUCAGCUACAUUGAGAGGCUGCAGGACCUACUGCACAGGCUGGAUCAGCAGGACAAAAUGCAGGAGGUGGCGGCGGACCCCUUCAGCUUCAGCCCCAAGCAGGGAAACGUCCCCGGCUCCGACUUCCUGAGCACCUGCGGCUCCGACUGGCACGGCGCUUCCGACCAUUCCCGCGCGCUGGGGAGCAGCCCCAAAGCAGGGGGCUCCAUGGUGGAGUCGUCGGCCUCCAGCAGCCUGCGCUGCCUCUCCUCCAUCGUGGACAGCAUUUCCUCCGACGAGCCCAAGCUGCCCGGCGCGGAGGAGGUGGUGGAGAAAUGA